CUUCUAAAUAAUAAUAACUUGUGGGCACCAUAUGCUAGCUAUACAAAUGAUAAAGCAGCUCAUGGAUUUAUUGAAGCAAUUGGAUGUGUAAUUGAACAAUCAACUUUUAAAGAAUUGUAUGCAUCUAAAA